AUGAAGCUUCAAAUCAAGAUCAAGUGCAACCGGUUACGACCUUCGUGUGAGGCGUGCCAAGUUUUUCAAUGCCCCUGCAUAUAUGAUGCCGUGCCGAAGAAGCGUGGUCCUAAGACCGACGUACUAGAGGCGCUUUUGAAGCGAGUUGAUGGAUUAGAAGCUAAACUGAGAGAGAAGAAUGCAUCUGCUUCUCCGACCACGCCCACCAGUCCCAGUGCCCGGGAUGGUUCACCACCUACCGGACCUGCCCGUGGAGACUCCGAUUCCGACCGGCAACCCAAGAGACUAGCUAUCGACACAAAUCGAGGGGCAGAGGCUAAUGACACUGCCUUAUUUUCACCCAUCCCUACGAGGGAACCUUCACCACCCAUCCAAACGGAUGCCCUUUUGGAUACCUACUUUACCCGAUUCCACGCCAAGCCUUAUUACAUUCUCGACGAAUCCUCGGUUCGGCAGCGCCUGCAACUCAACCAACUACCCAAUUAUCUCGUCCAUGCCAUUUGUGCAGUUGCGGCCAGGUUCACGCUCCACCCCGGCGGAUACCGGUCGGCAGUCAAGCUCAGCGAAGAGUAUGCGUCGGCCGCCAGGAGAGAGAUCGAUAUCGACGAGCCUUCGGUCGACGCACUUCAAGCCCUUAUCCUUCUUGUCCUGGCAUUCACUGCUGCCGGAAAGGGAAAGAAGGCGUAUAUGCUUAUGACAAAUGCGGUGGGUAUGGCGAUGGCCUUGGAAAUUCACAGAGAAAUCGAUCCCCACGCAAGGGUCACCCCUGUCGAGAGGGAUGUUCGACGACGGCUUUUCUGGACUUGUUAUCUUUUAGAUCGCUUCCUCGCUUGCGGCUCAAAAAGGCCGUCACUUAUCUCUGACAAGGCAAUCCUCCUUCGGCUUCCAUGCUGGUCACCCAACCAAGCCUCGCUCCCGAUUGAGGGGGACUUCUUCAACUCCGGGUCAAAUCUUCAGUACCUUCAGGGAAGCGGCAAGAAGUUCCAGGGGAGCACCGGUAUGCUCAUCGACAUUGCCCGUAUUCUCGACAUCACAAACAGGUACCUAGCGGCGGGAGGAGUUAAGGGCGAUUCUCAUUUUCCUUGGCACUCUCUAUCCAACCUCUCCAAGAUUCGACAGGAUCUAGACACUUGGGCUUCGGGAACAGCUGAGCUAUUCUCGAACCCCACGGCCCUCUUUGGUCAAGCAGACUCUACAAUUCUUGUCCUUAGCAAACUCAUCUACCACGUCAUCCACUGCCUCAUCUACCGCCCGUUCCUACCCAUCGACCUCUCCGAGCUCGCGGGAACCGGCCAGCAUCAGUCGUGGCAGAUCGAGGCAACCAAUCUCUGCUUCCUGCACGCCAAUGCCAUUGCCGAGCUCAUUGACCUUGGAAAACAGGCGGGUACUGUAGAGUGGCCGGAGUUUGUGGGCUACUGCAUCUGCACCGCUGGCACAGUUCACAUCCAUGGCGCACACUACAACAAACACGGCAUCAGCUCUGGGAGCGAGGUGUUUAGCUCAUCCGCCGAGUUUCUUUCAAUGGAGAUGCAGCAGCUCAGUGAACUGAGGUACGCGUGGGCCAGCGUACAGCAUCAGCGCGAGGUCCUCCAGGGAAUCUACAAUGCACAUUCCGAGCUGGCCAAGUCCAUGGCGAACAACGCCAUGGGCUACUCCCACGCUUUCCACCUAGAGGAUUUUUUCGACCGUUAUUCAAACAUUGGCGGACCCGAUGGGCAGUCAUUCAGUUUCGACGCAGCUAACCUCAGUCUCUCGGAUGUCAUGGUCGACUUUACUGCCGAUGCUUAUUCGGGACAUGAUCUCUACGCGCCCCGAGGUGACAAUGAGACUAACCAGGGGGGGCGAGUAAUGCUAAAGAGAAAGAGCACCGGCUCAUCCGAUAGGCAACGGCCGAGACUGUCGUCUCUUUCAUUCACGGCUGGACAGAUGGGCGGACACAACGGUCCCCUCAGUGCAGCUAGCAUGCCUACCCCUCACCAGCACACAUUUCCCAACAUGCUCGCGCAGCCAUCGCCUAUGAUUGCCACGCCGAACUCGCUUCCGGGGCAUUCUGAUAUGUCGGACCACUCGCCUCAUAUGAGAAGCAGGGUCGACCAGAUGAAUGAGGUAGCAGCGAACCACGCAGCAAUGGCAGCCGCCGAGGCGGCAGGUUUCGGAAUACCAGCAGCCAAUCAGGGCGCGCCAAUGUCUCCCAUGACCAACAACACGCACUUUAGUCCCCCGUACUCUUCUUACACGCCGAGUCAAGGGCCCGGAAACAACCAUGGAGACAGGAUGAAUACCAGCGGCAGCAGUGGCUACGAAAAUAUGUUUGAGUCCAUGUCGCCUGGUGGAUUCGCGAACCCGACGAGUUGGCACGGAGAGGAAACUGGCAGCGUCAACGAGAAUGCCAACGUAGUGAUGGCAAACUCCGACGCAAGGAGCACGGCAGGAAGUACUGGACAGGGCGACGAGAAAGACCCGUUCCUUUCGCUGCUGGAACAGCUGGCUGAGAACGAGCAGAGGCAGGGCGGAAGUGACAGUCACGGCGGUGGGGAGAUUGAUUUUUUCAUGACUGGCAGCGGUGAUGGACGCACGCAUUAG